GUCACCCGCGCGCCGCUCUUCCUCCCAGACUCUCGCGGGCGCGCUGUGUGCAGGCUUCUGGCGGUUACUGUGAGGUGGACGCGGCCGGCUCUCCGCCGCCUGGUGACAUGCUGCAGAAGCCGAGGGGCCGCGGCCGGCCCAGCACGCAGGCCGAUAGGGAGCGGGAGUGGGGAGACGCAGGCGAGGAGGCUCCCAGCACGUCCCGCGGCACGGGCGGCACGUCCCAGGGCUCCCGCGCCUCCCUGUCGUCCCCCGCCGUGGGGCCGCGCACCCAGAAGCAGCUGGAGGUGAAGGUGGCAGAGCUGGUGCAGUUCCUGCUGAUCAAGGACCAGAAGAAGAUCCCCAUCAAGCGCACCGACAUCCUGAAGCACGUGGUGGGUGACUACCGGGACGUGUACCCCAACCUGCUGCGGCUGGCCGCCGAGCGCCUACAGUACGUGUUCGGGUACAAGCUGGUGGAGCUGGAGCCCAAGAGCCACACCUACAUUCUUAUCAACAUGCUGGAGCCGGUGGAGGAGGACGCCGAAGUGAGGGGCGACCAGGGUACACCUACCACGGGCCUGCUCAUGAUAGUCCUGGGGCUCAUCUUCAUGAAAGGCAACACCAUUACCGAGACCGAGGUCUGGGACUUCCUGCGGCGGCUCGGGGUAGAGGCCACCAAGAAGCAUUUAAUUUUUGGUGACCCAAAGAAACUCAUUACUGAGGACUUUGUGCGGCAGCGCUACCUGGAGUACCGGAGGAUACCCCACACCGAUCCCGUGGACUACGAGUUACAGUGGGGCCCGCGAACCAACCUAGAAACCAGCAAGAUGAAAGUUCUCAAGUUCGUGGCCAAAGUCCAUAACCAGGACCCCAAAGACUGGCCCACACAGUACUGUGAGGCCUUGGCGGAUGAGGAGAAUAGGGCCAGACCUGCAGCAAGUGCCCCAACCACAUCCUCCUGAACUUGAGGUGCAGUCUGAGGAACUCCCGAAAUCCAGGAUAAACGAACAGGGAAAGGGGGUUGGUUGGAGGAAGCUUGAUUCUGCUAGGUGUAAAUAUCUUGUAGCAUCAGGAUGUUGUGCAAGGUUUUGAUACUUUGUAAUGGGACUUUAAUUUCUCAUUGCUAAAGUGAUGGAAGAAAAAAUAUUUUACAUAUUUUACUUUUGUUUAAAGAGGUUUUCCAUCUUUCUAAGCAUAACUGGAAAAUUGUAGUAUGGUGUUAAACAUUUAGGAAAAAAUACUUAGUUAAAUUGCUUUGUUCUCCUAGAAGAUGAAGAAGCAAGAUAGCUAUUAUCUCUUAAUUACUCUAGUUCAUGGGGGGACAAGAAAAGUCUAUUGAAACUAGAAAUACAAUUGUUUUAAUGGAAAUACUUUGGGAAGUUGUCAUAUUACUAAUAAGAGAAUAUCUGGUUGUACAAUCCCUGCACAUCCUCACGUGAGACCUACCCUGUCACUGACUCAGAUUUCAUUUGAAUGUGGUGCUUACAAAGUUGUGUGUGAGUAAUUGAAGAUGUUCUUUCACCUAUGCAGUCACUUCAGUAUUCUGGCAUUGCAACAUUGUUUUAGGCAAACAUCAAGAAUGAUAAUUAUGUUGUGUUUGAGAGAUUCAGUGAUAUUGUUCAGUUGCUAAGCAAGAUAUUUGAAAUGCAAUUGUUUUAGCCUCAUGUCACCACAACUUUAAAAAUGCAUAUUCUGUAUGGAUAUGAGCACUGUUUGGCUCCAAACAGUCUAUAUGAUGUGUUCUCUAACAUUCUCUACUCAUUAUUACUCUGUUACCCUAUGAAUGCCAUUUAAAGUGGGUUUUUUUUUUUCUGUUUAUAAUAAAUACUGUGCUUUUGAGUCAG